UGACGCCGCGGAGAUGAUGGUGGCCAGUUCCCGUUCCCGGUGCGGUCCAGGUCCGUGUGGGGGGGCCGCUGCUCCGGCAGAUGGAGCUUAUUAGUCCACACACGGCAGUGCGCCGCUGCCGCCGCCGGCUUUCUUGAUCCCGGAAUCGAACCCGCAACUUCAUGUCCGACGGCGCCAGAGCCGCCUGGUCGAAGAGGGGCUGCGGGGACUCGCACCGCCGAGAACCGGGGAAACACAAACACAGGAAAUGCGAGCGGCCCGCUAGCGCUCAGCCGCCACAGCCUGGGAUCGACCCGCCGGGCUCCAGAAGGUGUGUGAUGGCGGGGCCCGACCCGGAGGUGGAGGUGUACCUGUCCCAGGUGCACGACGGCAGCGUCUCUGCAGGGUUCCGGGCUCUUUACGAGGAGCGGCUGCUGCUGGACGUCACGCUGCUGAUCGAGGAGCACCACUUCCAGGCCCACAAGGCGCUGCUGGCCACCCAGAGCGACUACUUCCGGGUCAUGUUCACGGCGGACAUGCGAGAGCGGGACCAGGACCGGAUCCACCUGAAGGGGCUGACGGCCGCCGGCUUCGGCCACAUCCUGCGCUUCAUGUACUACGGCUCGCUGGAGCUGAGCAUGGCGUCGGUGCAGGAGAUCCUGCAGGCCGCCAUGUACGUGCAGCUGGCCGAGGCCGUGGAGUUCUGCUGCUCCUUCCUGCUGGCCCAGAUCUGCCUGGAGAACUGCGCCGAGGUGAUGCGGCUGCUGGAGGACUUCAGCGUGGGCGUGGAGGGCGUCACCGAGCAGCUCGACCACUUCCUGCUGCACAACUUCGUCCCCCUCAUGAGCCGAGCCGACUUCCUGUCCUACCUGAGCCUGGAGAGACUGCAGGCGUACCUGGGCAGCGACGCCCUGAGCCGCUUCCCGGAGGUGGAGCUGUACGAGGCGGUGCAGGCCUGGCUGAGACACGACCGGCGGCGCUGGAGGCACACGGACACCAUCGUGCAGUCCAUCCGCUUCUGCCUCAUGACCCCCGCCAACAUCUUUGAGAAGGUGAAGACGUCGGAGUUCUACCGCUACUCGCGGCAGCUGCGCCAGGAGGUGGACCAGGCGCUGGGAUACUUCCACGAGGUGAACCAGCAGCCGCUGGCGGAAACCCGCUCCAACCGGAUCCGGUCGGCGCGGCCGCAGACCGCCGUGUUCCGGGGAAUGAUCGGACACAGCAUGGUGAACAGCAAGAUCCUGCUGCUGCAGCGGCCCAAGGUGUGGUGGGAGCUGGAGGGGCCGCAGGUUCCGCUCCGGCCCGACUGCCUCGCCAUCGUCAACAACUUCGCCUUCCUGCUGGGCGGCGAGGAGCUCGGCCCCGACGGAGAGUUCCACGCCUCGUCCAAGGUUUACCGCUACGACCCGCGGCAGAACUCCUGGCUGCGCAUGGCCGACAUGUCCGUGCCCAGGUCGGAGUUCGCCGUGGGCGUCAUCGGGAAGUUCAUCUACGCGGUGGCGGGCCGCACGCGGGACGAGACCUUCUACUCCACGGAGCGCUACGACAUCGCGGAGGACCGCUGGGAGUUCGUGGAGCCGUACCCCGUCAACAAGUACGGCCACGAGGGCACGGUGCUGGCCGGGCGGCUCUACAUCACCGGCGGCAUCACCUCCUCCUCCACCUCCAAGCAGGUGUGCGUGUUCGACCCGGGCCGGGAGGCUGGCGCCGGCGCCGGGCCCGCGGGCGGGUCGCGCGGCGCUGGCGGCCGCAGCCCGCUGCCCGCCUCGCACGCCGGCUGCUGGGAAAACAAGUCCAAGAUGAACUACGCGCGCUGCUUCCACAAGAUGAUCUCCCACAACGGGAAGCUGUACGUGUUCGGCGGCGUGUGCGUGGUGCUGCGGGCCUCCUUCGAGUCGCAGGGCUGCCCGUCCACCGAGGUGUACGACCCCGACGCCGACGAGUGGACCAUCCUGGCCUCCAUGCCCAUCGGCCGCAGUGGCCACGGCGUGGCGGUGCUGGACCGCCAGAUCAUGGUGCUGGGCGGCCUCUGCUACAACGGCCACUACAGUGACUCCAUCCUGACCUUCGACCCCGACGACAACAAGUGGAAGGAGGACGAGUAUCCCAGGAUGCCUUGCAAGCUGGACGGUCUGCAGGUGUGCAGCCUGCACUUCCCGGAGUACGUGCUGGAGCACGUGCGGCGCUGCAGCUGAGGGCGGCUGCGGGCGCCGCCUCCUUUUCUAGAACCAGGACCCGGGGCCGCCGCGCCCCCCGCGGGGGCCGGCCGUCUACGGGCGGGGGGGCCAGAGACCGGCCCUCGCCGCGGGGCCGCGGGGCCGAGGGCGGCGGGCGGCGCACCAGGCGCCCUCCAGAUUUUCACGAUUAGCUUUCUCAGUAAAACGACAGAAAAACGACGUUGUGGAAAUGAAAGAAGACAAACGGAGAGAAGAAGAAGAGGGUGGAACUGCCGUCCGGUCGGGCGCCGCACAAACGCACUGGAAGCGUCAGGGGUGGCCGCGUGCGCCCAGGCGGAGGCUCCGCCCCCUUCCCGAGCUUCUGUACUCAGAUCUUCGACAUGUACGACGAAGCCUCAGGUACAGGACGAGCUAACGCUACUGUAGGUAUUUAUAAUCCGUCAGAUACUCAGACACCGUUGCCGCGGCAACAUCCAUGUUACACGUUUAUAAAUCAAUGUUUCGCUUCCAGUGCGUUCAGGGCUCCUGGCCUGCACCCCCCGACGCGCCGCGCUUCAGGAGGGAAAGCAGCGGCGCUUCACUCGCUCCCGCCAACAUUUUCUGCACUUUAUGGGUUACUGACUCGCGUGAAGGACCGGCUCUGACCGGCUCUGACCGGUUCUGACUAGUUCCGACCAGUUCCGACCAGUUCUGUCUGAUUCUGGCCAGUUCUGACCGGUUCUUUUUUUUUUUUACCUUUAUUUACCAGGUUAGUCCCAUUGAAAUCGAGGAUCUUUUUCAAGGGAGACCUGGCCAAGUUCCAAGUUCUGACCGGUUCUGACCGGUUCUGACCGGUUCUGACCAGCCCCCCCCAGCAGCUAACGUGGUACCACACGCUGCUACGCUGAAGACGUUUGCCAGAGUCUGAAAUCGUUAGUUUCUGUUUGGGCCGACAAGUCGUGACGACAUCACAAUCCAACUCUGGACCUCGACUGAUACGAUGGAAACGACCAGGAAGUGUCUGUCGUCGCCAUGGCGACGGUUUGAGUUCAGGAUGCGUGACUACACCAGCAGUGAAGGUGAACAGGUUUAUAAACUAAAACAGCUUUCUGACUCACUGGAGCAUUUUUAUAAAACCUACCAAGCAUCAGAAUCAGAACUCACAACCGGGUCGGGUCGGAUAAAUCACAAGAAAACCUGAUCUGAAAUCUGCAUGUUUACGUACAAGAAAAAGGUUUAUUUUUGCAUAUUUUUAUUUUUACCUUGAUUCCGGUAACGCAGCCUAACAUUGUUAAUAGCAGCUAAAAGCUCUGAGCUACAUGCCAACCGCUUUGUUAGCCGCUAUACGCUAACAUCUUUUUUUGUAGGUAAAAGCGCUAAGCCAAAUGCUAACAGCUUUAACGUCAGUGAAAAGCUUUAAGCUAAUUGCUAACAGCCUAAAAGGCUGCUACAGCUUUAUUAGCUGCUAUAAGCUAGAUGCUAACAUCUUAUUUGUAGUAAAAAGCUGUAAACUAAUUGCUAACAGCUUCAUUAGCUGCUUUAAGCUAGAUGCUAACGUCUUAUUUGUAGUAAAAAGCUGUAAGCUAAUUGCUAACAGCGUUAUUAGCCGCUAUAAGCUGGAUGCUAACAUUUUAUUUGUAGUAAAAAGCUGUAAGCUAAUUGCUAACAGCGUUAUUAGCCGCUAUUGGCUAGAUCCUAACAUCUUAUUUGUAGCUGAAAGCGCUAAGCCAAAUGCCAACAGCUUUAACAGCAGUGAAAAGCUCUAAGGUAAUUAACAGCUUUAAUUGCUAACAGCUUUAUUAGCUGCUAUAAGCUAGAUGCUAACAUUUUAUUUGUAGCUAAAAGCUGUAAGCUAAUUGCUUUAUUAGCUGCUAUAAGCUAAAUGCUAACAUCUUUUUUAGUAACUACAAGAUGUAAGCAAGAUGCCUUUAGAACACCUUUAUUUGCUUUUGCAGCUAGAUGCUAACAUCUAUAUUAGCGGUUAAAAACUAAUGUAAAUGGUAAUAGCUUUGUUAGCUGCUGUAAGCUUAAUGCUAACUUCUUUGUUAGCUGCUGUAAGCUAGAUGCUAACAUCUUUAGUUGUAUCGUUCUUUGUGGCAGAAAAGAACGUUUAUUGAUACAUUUUAGCUUAAAAAUACGUGUCAUCUGUAGUGAAAUCACCAAAAUGAUGCAGGAGUCCAAAGACUUAAAGGAAAAAAACCUCAUUUUUAUUUUUUGCCUUCUUGAACUCUUAACUUCUGCAUUUAAUUAUAUAUAAUUUUCUUCUUUAAUAUUUCACCUGAGAUUUCUGAUAUUUUGCCUUAACAGACGACAGAAAGGGAAAUUAACUAUGAUUAUUAUUUUCUGGAACCUUCAACAAGUCACUCGAUAGUUUCCUGAACUCGGAGCACAAAGUAAAACUCCUUUUAGUUUCUUUUGAGUUGUCGGUUCGUCGGUAGACGAGGUUCCAUCCGCCACCGACGACUCUAAACUGGUCUUCACAGUUCUGUGGGUCUGAGUUUCCCUCGUGUCGGUCCAACUCCACCAGCUUCUGCCAGCGGCUCCUUUCAGACUCUGGCAAACCUCCGGAGCGCGUUUCUGAUUGAAUGCAAACACACCUCAGCAGUCCGGCGCCUCCUGUCCUGCUGUCCAGCUGCUCCGUGGUCAGCUCCACGUUCAGACAUCGGUUUCUGUAUUAUUAUUAUUGUUAUUUUGUUGUUAUUUUUGAGCCAACUGUGAAAAGGGCUAGAGCACACACUGAUGCAGUUCUGUCUUAGCUGCCUAUUUAAGUUAUUUAUUUUCUCAAGUAUUGCUUUUCACGAAGCUAUGCAGUAGCAGGAGCAAGUUAUUUAUUACCAUGACGAUUUCAUGCUAAAUCGUUUUGUUUCUUUUUUUUAUUUCUUGUUUUUUGACUUGUACCUUGUACCUCACUCUGUGCCGCAUGUCUUCUCCACCUCCGCUGCAGCCGAGCGCUUCGCCACGUUUAGGGGUCAGUGAGGUCAGAAUAUUUAAACCCAUAACUGCCGGCACGUUGAAUUAUACUUUAAAUGGUGUUGCACCUCCACCUUUUCCUGUCUCAAGACGCUGCAUUGCAGACCUGCGUGACAUCAGUCUGGUCUCCCCUUCCAUCCCUCCGUCGGUGCACCAGCCGCCCCCCGUCCUCACCACGCAGUGCAGCUUUAAUGUGACGCCUCUCGGCUCAGUCGAUCUUCGGGUUCAUAAUAAGUUCUGGUUAAAUCCUUGUGAACAGAAACCAGCGUCUGCUCUUCAAAUGUUGCUUCUCACGAUGUCGGAGGGGAAAUCAGACUCCUCCACUUGUGUCCUUACGUUUCUCUCUUCAGCUCACAGGAACAUCGGUUCUUUCUGCUGUCCAGGCGACUUUUCUUUUCAUUUUCCACUCAUGUUGCUCUCUGGAGAAGCUUAUAACGCAUAAAAGUACUCUUGCCCAGAUCUGAGGCCCGUUCAGUCAUAGCGCAGCGUUCUCUAGUCCUCCAGUCUUCAGUCUGUCAGUAGGAACCAGGAUAGGGGAUUUAAACAAAAAAAGAAAAAGAAAAAUGAAAAAAAAAACAACCUUGCUACAGUGACUGUAUUGAAAAAGUCAAUAAAAUCAGAUUAACGUAUCUUAUAAUCUGAGUAGAAACUCUUUGGAAAUGAUUUGUAACUUCUUUCCAGAAAUAAAUGUUCAUAUUGGUCAA